CUGCCGAAGCGGACCCAGCGCCGAACCGGAGUUUCGCAUUUUUUCUGUUCAUUUUCCGUAGAUGUAUGUCUACGCGUGUGAACUGACUUGAGUGUGUGUGUCUAGGGUUCGGAAAACAUUGGGCUGAUCGGCACAUCCUGUACGUCGUCACAUCCGUAGUUCCUGAAUGAAUUCUUCGUGUAGAGUUGCCUUCUCUAUGCUUUACAAACCCUAGAAGUUUACGACGUCUGUUGACUUACUGAACUGCUACAUAUCCAACCAUGGCGAGCUCUGUGCGUAAAGACUCUCGCCUCAGAAUGAUUCAGGCCGCUCGCAAACCGAGCCUCAGCACGCGAGUGUCCGUGAUGAAGAAAGCCUCAACGGUGGCUGUAGGUGGUCGCCCUCUGCAGCAGCGCAUGUCCAUGGGUCCGCGGACGUCGCGCGCUAUUUCUCGUAUCGCCAUACCCAGACGGGAAAGUCGCAUCACCAGAGAGAACAAAGCCGAGCCGGGAGGUGUGGACGCACUCGUCAAGGCCAUUCGCUGUUUCCCUAGCAACGAAGGUCUGAUAAGAGAGUGCUGCGGUGCUCUCGCAUCAUACUCACCCAGCAUUCUCUCAGAAUGGGAGUCGGUGCGGACGGACGCCAUUGAGGUUCUAUCCAACGCCAUGACAACAUUCUCCAGCAAGGAUGACCUGAUACUGGCAAUAGUGGACGCGUUGAUACAUCUUGUCACGCUGGAAGAAGAAAGUCCCGAGAAUAUCUGCAACCUGCUCGUGAAGAAGGACAUUGUGCGCCGAUGCUUGGUUACCAUGGAAGCAAACAGCAGCAAUGUGGCCAUGCACAUCUCCUGUUUGAGAUUGAUCGGCUUUGCAGCGCUGUCUGAUGCGGUAACCGUCGACAUCUGCAGCGCCGGUGCUCUGGACGCAACGCUAAAGUCCAUGGAAGUGUUCUCCAGCAACAGUGAAGUCCAGAGCAAUGCCUGCCUGGUGUUGGGAAACCUUUGCGUCAAUGACGAUGUUGCCGAGCAGGCUGACAAGAAAGGCGCGUCGUCUCGCAUCCUGAACGCCAUCUCCCAGAACCGCGACAACACAGAGCUGCUGGACAGCGCUUGCCGUGCGCUCGGAUCUCUGGCCAUGAACCAUGACCUGUGUAUGAAGCUGGUACGUACCGGCGGCAUCGAUCUCGUUCUGCAAUUGAUGACCUCGCAUCCAGACGAAGAGAAAAUCCAGGAGUGUGGUUGCUGGGCCCUGGCCUGUUUCUCCAGUCACGAUGAUGCUGUUAGUAACGUGUUAGAGAGAGGAGGCCUGCAGCAGGUAGUGACCACAAUGGACAGUGGCUAUCUGAGUGCCACGGUGCAGGAGUACGGAUGCAGGAUUAUAGUCAACCUCAGCAUGCCUGCCGGCCAGGAGGAUGUAAUCAGCAAGAAGGAGGUGAUGGAUGUUCUCAUUGCAGCCAUGGAUAGCUACGACAACAACGUGGCGGUCAACGAACAGGCAACGUUUGCGUUGAGCAAGAUCCUAGCCACCAAUGAGCGGCUGCAAUCAGAGUUUGUUGAAGCCGGCGGUGUCAAGCUGACUAUCGAUGCAAUGAAGCAUUUCCCGGAGAACGAAGGCGUGCACGAGAACGGCAUUCUCAUCCUCGGUAACAUUGUCAUGGAGGACAGCGCCAGAACUACCGUUCUUGAGUUGGAGGGACUGGAGACCAUCCUUCAGACAAUGAAACUGGACACAUGUAGGGAGAAUCUGAUUCUCCAAUGCGUCGGAUGCAACACUGUUGGAAACCUUAUAGCGGAGGAUUGUCAGCAUAAAGAGACGGUGGUGAAGCAAGGCGGCUUGCAGGCGGUCAUUGGAGCCAUGAAGGUCUUUGAGAGUAAUGAUGAGCUUCAGGAGUGUGCGUGUAGGGUGCUCGCCUACCUAGCAUCGUCAGAAUCCCUGCACAGUGACUUGAUAGAGUCUGGAUCAGACUCUCUAGUUCUUCUGGCAAUGGAGAAGCACACAAACAACAUAGACCUCUUGGAAGCAGCCAUUCAAGCAUUGCAGAUGCUCUCACCAUCCAGUGACGGUGCAUCAUGCUCGGAGGCGGUGCACUGCGCCAUCAAGCAGACAAUGCUCUGUCUACAGCAGCACCCGGAGGACGAGAACGUUUUCUCAGUGGCGUGUCAGGUACUAUCUGGCUACGCCCUGUCGCCGUACAGCCACCAUUGGAUGGUGGAGGAAGGAUUUAUCAACGUUGUCGUUGACCGUCUCAAGCAGUUCAGCAAAGCGGCCGACAUUCAGGGCUAUGGCUGCCAGCUGCUGGGACUGUUGUGUUUCACAAGUGAACUUUGCCAGAAGCUUCUCAGCGCCGGCAUUCUUCAGCGGCUCUGCGUUGCCAUGGAGACGUGCGCCUGUGAUGUACAGCUGCAGAUCACGUGCUGCGGCGCACUGACCUGUCUUGUGUCGGAAUGCCCCAGCCAAACAUUUGAGCUGCUCGCGCCGACAUCCUUCUCCAAGCUGAUCGUGGAGGCGAUGCGUAACCAUAGCGACAACAUGGACCUGCUGCUGGCAAGCUACAUCGCCGUCAAGUUCCUGGCAGGAAAUCCAUCCACUCGCAAACAACUACUGGACGACGAUGCGGCCUCCGCCAUUCAGGCAGCGCUGAGCAACUUCCCGCAGCAGGAGGAACUGCAAACGGAAGCGGCGGAGGUCCUACGCAAACUGAAGUGAAAUAUCCCGCCAGACGGCCGACUGUGCAAGGCUGGGUCCUUACUCGUAACGAUAUUGGAAUUUUUAGAGUCGUGUAUUCCACGUGUGAUUGCCAUGCGGGUCAUGGUCGUUGCUUUAUCUAGAAAAGUCUACGUAAUUAUUGUGCAAUGAUAAACUCAUUUUUCACGGAUAGUUUUUGGAUUUCUUGCGUUGCACGUGCAAUGUCAGUGCGCCAUUGCUUGUACCCUCUACAUGGACAUUCAAUGAGAAUGUGUGUGUGUGUGUGUGUGUGUGUGUGUGUGUGUGUGUGUGUCCCAUAUGGUGCAGUGGUAUGUGCAGCGAUUUCCAAUCGAUAGGUUGCGGGUUCGAUUCCCGACGAUUAUGGUCACACACGUCUUUCUUCUCUUUCUCAGACUCUUCCUGACUUUUCUUUCAUUCUCCUGGGUGGUUACCAACAGCCAGUGCAUGCCGGAGUAUGUGGUGUGAUGUGUGUGCGGGAAAAAAGAAGAAAAAAAAAAGACCAAAAAGUAGGGAUUCACUGGCCAGAAAAAAGCCACUUCAAAGCUGUGUGGUGUAGACCAGGCUGAAUAGUGGUGGUCAAUUCUUCAGCCUUGCAAGCUGUUGAAUGGUGCAAUCCCAGCACAAGUUGCUAUGGCUUCUGCUGUAGCAUCGCUAUCAUCGCCUCUGGCGAUGGGCGUCCAAUGGUCAAUGGUGUGUGUGUGUGUGUGUGUGUGUUUUCCUACGUAUGUCCGAUGGGUUAGUUCACCCAUACCGUAUUGAUUAUGUUGAUAUUACCUGAUUUCUCUAGUCGCGCUCGUGACCAGCCUGUUGCGGUCUUGGAGCGUAGGUCAUCCCUGUUACCAACUCUGAUCACUGCAAUUGUGACGCAGUCGGUGUGGAGGGAGAACUUUUCGUAUCUGCAUGUCGGUCGCGGAAGUUGAUUGCUGACAUCACCAGGGUUUUCCGCACAUUUAUUUGGUCUGCAGUACCAUGCGACAUUUGAACACAUUACUGGUUCUUGUUGUGCAAUGCUCUCCAUGCAUUCUAUAUUUCUCCUUUCCUUCCCUAUAUUACUGAUGGAUGUUUUAGUGACUGUUGCCUUUCGCAUGUGCUAUAUGUAUAGGUUGGAAGAAGUUGAUGCACUUAUUGAACUUUUCUUAUUAGGAAAUUUUCUUUUUCACAACUUUUCUGAUCCUGGAUUCUUGUUAAGACUACUGUUUCGUGAGUGUGUA